AGCAACAUAACUUAUGUAUCAUGUCCUUUGUGUCUCUGGCAGGUUCCCCAAAGGAAAAACCAAUCUGGCUACUUUGACCUGGACACCUCUCUGGUUGGCUGUAAGGGUUUGCCUUGGGCCUCUGGAAAAAGGGUGUGCCCUAAGGGAGACGAGUACACCGAUGACGCUCAGCAGCUGUUCAGUGCAAGUGCUCCGCCUGCAAGUCUCAGUCUACUUGGAAACUUUGAGGAGUGUGUGUUAAACUACCGCCUGGAGCCUUUAGGAUCGGUGGAUGGCUUUACGGCCGAAGUAGGUGCUAGCGGGUCCUUCUGCCCCAGUCACCUGACCUUACCCGUGGACGUGUCAUUCUACAGCGUCUCCGAUGACAACGCCCCCUCACCUUAUAUGGGUGUGAUCAACCUGGAGUCGCUGGGGAAAAGGGGCUAUCGAGUACCUCCAUCAGGAACCAUUCAAGUGACCUUAUUCAACCCGAACAAGACGGUGGUAAAGAUGUUUGUGGUGAUGUACGACCUACGAACCAUGCCAGCAGGACACCAGACCUUCCUGCGCCAGAGGACGUUCUCCGUCCCCGUCAGGCGGGACUCGAACCAUCAGAUCAACAGGAAGCCUCUCACUUUGGGCCAGGCACGCACUCUGCGCUACCUUGUUCAUCUAAGGUUCCAGAGCUCAAAGUCUGGGAAGAUCUACCUCCACAGGGACAUCCGUCUGCUGUUUUCUAGGAAAUCCAUGGAGGUGGAUAGCGGUGCUGCCUACGAGCUACAGUCAUUUACUGAAUCCCCCAUCGACCCACCGUUCUCGCCUCGCUGCUGACGCUGGAUUUACUCCCUCAUACCCCCCCCCCCUUUCUCCACCUGGCAGGCCAUAGCCGCACCUCCAUGCCAGCCAUGAGUCAUUGUAUCAGCCUGUGAUUUGUAUUGGAUGAGAGAUUGAAGGACAGCAGAUGAUGGAGUGCACCCGCAUCUGGGACGCUUGUUAGAAGGAAAUUCUCUGUUGACGUGCAUGAACUUUGUUUUGACUCACAGCUGGAGUGUGCAGGGUUUUGAGGUCCUGCUAGAAAAUGCCUUAAAAUAUUUAAAAGGUAAUCCUUGAUGUUUGUGUAUCCCCCCCGCCUCCUGCGUCUGGCAGGAGAGUCGAGACCAAUGAUUGUCCACAGGACCAGUUGGACUCAAUAAUUCUGCACAGUCUGUGCAACAGUCCCCAAACAAGAUUGUUGAUUUGGACCUCAUUGUGACAGAAUUAAUUCAUGUUGAAUCUCAGUUACUUGACAAAUGCAAUACAUGGCCUUUUGAAUGAGGAAAAAAUAACUUAGCUUGUUGACUUGCAGGCAAAAAAGAUUAAUUUGGACUCAAUAGCCCCUUUUACACUGCCUGGUUCCAACGGCAUUUUGCUACCUUUUAUUUAAUACUGUAUCCCACUUAAUUGGAUUUUGUGUAAAAAAAAAAAAGAUGUUAGAUGCGGAAAUUUUGCAGAAUCUGUUUAAAAGAGGCUAAUGAUUCCCGACGUUGGAGCAGCACCUGUGUCGCCGAAUGAGAAGAAAUGGGCUGCAGCGGACCACCUUGCUGUCAUCCACCCCACUGCCCCCACCUCCAUCUCAAAAAACAAACAAAAGGACCACCGAAGACGUCAACCAUGCAAUCACACCGAAUUAAAGUGAACCGAUCGCGACAGAAAUCAUCAAGAAAUGCACUGUGGAUUCACCCCCCCCCCCUGUCCAAACUGGAAAAGAAAGCGAAAAAUUAUUGUCAGAUUUCUUUUUGUACUGUUACAAAAACCACUUUGUUGGAAGUGUUGCAAUAGAGAAAGAAUAACCGUACUUUUAAGUGUUUACUUUCAGUUUACCUAACCAUCCUGUUUAUUUAAUAUUUAAAUUAAUAUUUCAGUUUCUAUUUGUGAUGUCUGUCAUGCCGAGAUGAUUUAGUGUAAACUGUAUAUCAUAGUAUUUUUGACAUUAAUAUUCAAAUCUGAAAAAAUAUAUCUAUCUUCGAAAGCCAU